CUGAAAAUGAACUGUACAAGUUGUUGCGGGGCCGUUACCGACUUGCUGAAGACGGUAGCAUUCGUUGCCUUGUUGAUGGCACUUCCGUGCAUGGAGGCUUCUCGAGUCUAUGUGUCCUCCUUGGAGUACCAAGCUGUGAACGAUGCAUCCGGCUAUCGCUUCUCGUCGGCGUUCCUCAUGAUGUGUCUGUUCCUGUUUGGGUUCUUGUGUACACAACCGUCCAAGAAAAAGGCGGCUUUCUCGUCGUCUUCACUCGUGGCAUCAUCAUCGUCACCGCCCAUGGAUACCUUCUCGUGUGUCAUGUAUGCACAGCGUCAGCGUCGGUGCAAGGCAUCGCUCACCCUUGCCUCCAUGCCGUCCGAGGUGUCGAACGAGAUCUUCAGCUACUUGGACGCCCAAUCCCUUGCGGUGUCCGCAGUCGUGUGCUCGUCGUGGCUAGAGUUGACUGGAGACUCGAACUCGAUGUUGUGGCAACUCAUCUUUCGUCGCGACAUGCUGGAAGAUGGCCGACGCUUCCAUGCACCAUGCGGGUUGAGUUGGCGCGCAUACUACUUUACACAUCGCAUCACGCGGCCGUUGGAACGCAUGCACCUGCUCGCCAGUCAAGGCCAGGCAGACUGCAUCGUCGUCAACAGUCGCGUGUACGACAUCGGCGCGUUCUUGUACCUUCAUCCAGGGGGCCACCGCGUGAUUGCCGAUGUCAUCGGGACCGACGCCACCGACACGUGGUUCCAGUUUGACCACUCAGAUGGUGCCCAGGAGCACAUGAAGGAGUUGGAGGUCGUGGACUUGUUUGAAUCACCGUACCGGGGCACCGUCGCGGGGAUCUUCACGGCGCGGCAAAGCGCGUGGACUCGCAUGACUCGGCAAAUGUUUGGCCAUGCCAAGGACAUGUCUGCGUUGUUGAGUCGGUUCCGCGAACGCAUCGUCUCUUAAGUUACUCAAAAAUACUAAACAAAGCUGGUGGAUGUGGUGGAAGUCUCAUGACCGACGUGACCCCGCAAUAGGUAGAUUGACGUUUAUCAUUGCCAUUAACAGUAUAUUAACGAUCCCAAUGUUCACGACGAA